AUGCAUGAUCAAACAUCGGAUUCAUCAUCUUCAAAGUCCAAAUCAAAUAGUAGAUCAACAUCAUCUAAUCGUCAAAUAUCAUCACGUGAAACAUCUUCAAGUGCACAGAAAAAACGAUCAGAUCAAUCAAGUCAUAAAUCAUCUACAAAUGAUUCAUAUAAAAAUCGUGAUUCAAUCACAGAUAAUCAAGAUAAAUCAUCAACGAUUGAAACAAAUGUAUCAUCAAAAAAACGUUCAGCAUCAAUAUCUAAUGAAAAUAAAAAGAAAUUAUCAACAUCCGAUGUAAACAAAUCAAAUAAUGAUGACAAAACAGUUAAAUCAUAUGAAACUGAUUCAUUCAAUAAAAAAUCAAAUGAAUCAUAUAAUGGAAAACGAAGAACUUCAUCGAGUAGUAGUAACAGUCAAUCAUCAAAAUAUCAUAUAUCUCGUGCAGAUGUUGCGAAAACAAACGAAAAAUUAGAAGCUUCUCAUACAUCAACUACAAAUGAGCGUAAAAAUGAUAAACACUCAAAUAGAUCCGAAAAAUUAUCAACACAUGCUGCAUAUGUCUCAAAAUCCAAGGCAUCAUCACCUGCAACACAUCGAAGUCAUUCAAGUGAAAAACAUUAUAUCCCAUCAACAAUAAAAUCUGAUCAUCAUCGUUCAUCUUCGAUUGAUAAAUCUAAACAACAUAUAUCAUCACGUAUGAUAUCAAAUCAAUACGAUAAACCAAAAGAUACAUAUUCCAAAGAUACUAUUCAUCAUUCAACAUCAUCAAAAACAUUUGAUACUGAUCGUCGUUCAGCAUAUCAAAAUGAAGAACGUUUAAGACAUGAAAAAGAAAUACUUGUACGAAAACAAUAUGUUCAACAACAAGAAGAAGAAAAUAUAAAAGAACAACAACGACGUUUAGCUGAAGAACGUGCACGAAUGAGACGUGAAUUUGAAAUUCUUGAACGUGAACGUUUAGAAAUUGAACGUACACGACUUGCGUUAGAAAAAGAAAAACAAGAUCAAGUACGAGAACUUGAAAAACAACAAAGACGUUUAGUUGAUGAAGCUAAACAUCGACAACAACAACAACAAGUUGAAGCUAAAUUACGUGAUGAAAAAUUACAUCGUAUAUCAUCACAUAAUGAUAAUAAACGUCCACGUUCAUCACAUCAUGAAACACAACGUUCACAUCAUACAAAUACAAAUAAUAAUACUAAUAAUUCAAAUAAAGGAUAUGAUCAUCGAACAUCAACAAAUACAACAGGUGGACGUGGACGUGAUCGAUCCCUUGAUGAUACUAAUCGUGAUUAUUAUCCAGAACCAAAACGACAAUAUACAAAUAAUCAACGUGAACCUAUAUUUCGUGAUCGUGUUGUUUAUCGUGAAUCUGAUCAUCCAUCAUCGAAUUCUAGUCUUGGUCUUAGUUCUUCAUCAUCAAUAAGUUCAACUAAUAAUAAUCAACGAUAUAUUUCUUCAUCAUCUAAUCAACAUCGUCUAUCAGAUCCUUAUAAUACAUUACCACAACGUGGACGAGAUAUGGCUUUACCACCUACAUCAUCUGUUAGUACAGCUUAUGAACGUUCUUCUCGUAAUGUUGCUUCACCACCAACAAAUACCAAUGCAAUUCUUCGACGUCCACAUUCACGUGAACGAUUUGAUGAUCGGGAAUAUAUACAACAAGCACCACGUCGUGAUAGAUCACCACCAUCAAAUAAUACAUUACGCCGUGAAUCAAUGGAAACAACACAUUGGGAACGACCAAAACCUCGUGAUAAUCCACAUUAUGCAGAUGACACUCACAAAUAUUUACCUACUCAAUACAUUUCUGAAUCAUCUCAAUCAGCUCAACAACAACAACAACAACAAGGGUUGUGGUCAGCAGCACCUCCAUCAAGACAACAACAACAUCAUCAUCCUGAUUUGCCCGUUAAAACUGCUUCACAUGCACCUGUAGUAGAUCCAUAUGGUUGGCCACAUGUUUCUCAACAAGUACCACCUCCAUCACUUCCGCCCCAUCAUCCACAAGGGUUAUCAUCAUCUCAUGAUCGAUCCCGUGCUAAUGUGGCCAGCAAUCAACGUAUUCCUAUUCUUCCAUCAAAUCAACCACCACCACCACCGCCUCCAUCAUCUCGUGGCAGUGCAACGGGUCAAACUCAUUUGUAUAGUCACCCUGGUGUGCCCGUAGGUGCUAUUCCAACAUCUCAACAACAUGCACCAUUAGCGCCACCACCAACAUCUCUUCAUCAUACAACAGCCUAUGUAACACAACAAGCUCCACCGUCUGGACUCGUCCUUCAUCCAACGGGUCAAACACGUGCCUAUGAACAACAUUAUGUUGUUACACAACCUUUGUCACAACGACGUUAUUAA